AUGAUAUGGACCACGUGGAAGCCCUACUACCAUUGCUUUUCUUUAUUUUCCUUUUCCCUCUUCAAUUCUUCAAUGGACUAUGGCUGGUACAAUUCCAGCAUAUUUCUUUUCACAAAUAGAUGAACUUCAACACUUUCCGAUGGUUCAAUGAUGAGAGGCAUAAGAUGAUUUCGAGUUCAGAAAACGCAGAUUCUCCGACAAGACACGACAACGACAACAACAGGAAUGAAAGCAAGAUGAUCAACAAAGCUCCAUCGAGUUCGUCAGCGCCGCGGUCGCCAUGGUUGAGAUUGAAAGAUCCGAGGAUCGUACGUGUUUCGCGUGCUUUUGGAGGAAAAGACAGGCACAGCAAAGUUUACACCUUACGAGGAUUGAGAGACCGAAGGGUAAGGCUGUCGGUUCCCACUGCAAUUCAAUUGUAUGGUCUUCAAGACAGGCUUGGACUUAAUCAACCUAGCAAGGUCGUUGAUUGGUUGCUUGAUGCUGCUAAGAACGAUAUCGACGAACUCCCACCCUUGCCGGUGCUGCCGCCGGCCUGUUUUCUGAAUUCUGAAGCCUUUUCGAGGGCUAAACCGAAAGAAAUCUCUAGGGUUGCAAUUGGUGAUAAACGAGAAAAAUGUAGACCAAAUGAAGAUGAUCAUGGUGCACAAACUUUAAACAAUGCCGAACCAUCGUCUCAUUCAUUACCAUUUGGAGCCUUCGAGUUUUCCUUCAUCAUCAUCAUCACAUUUAGGAAGUCAUGGAUUCAUAGUACAUGCACCCCAUUCAGAAGAAGCACAUAA